AUGGAUCAGCAGGUAGAUAAGUUGCCUGAGAAAGCCGAGCAUGACAAUGCACUGGAAUUAGCAGCCACCGAAAGCACCAGCCAGACAGUCGAGCUGAUCCAACUCAACCCCCAAGCCGUUCCCCGUGAUAUCGGAGCCUUUCAGAUAAUCGCCCUCGGCUUCAACAUUCCGAACAGCUGGGCGGGCGUUGCCACCGCGUUCUCAGCCGCCCUAACAGCCGGAGGCCCCGUCUCGCUGAUCUAUGGCAACUUUGUCAUCACGGCCAUGUAUGCGUCUGCAGCCGUCACGCUCGCGGAGCUUGCGAGUGUUUACCCGACAGCAGGUGGACAGUAUCAUUUCACGAGCAUCAUGGCGCCUAAGAGUUACAAUCGAUCCAUCUCUUAUAUCUGUGGCAUGAUAGCGACGGUUUCGUGGAUCAUAUGUUCCACAAGCGUGGCCAGUAUUACGACCGAGUUUUACAGCGGUUAUAAGGCGAACGCCUGGCAGUUGUUCCUCAUAUCCCAGGGACUCAACUUAUUCUCACUAGCCUAUAAUUUAUUCUUGUUGAAACGGACCCGAUGGAUUCACGAUGCAGCUUUCUUCUUGACCCUGUCAACCUUUCUCACAAUAUCAAUCGUUUGUCUCGCCCGAGGCGACAAGCAGUCGUCAACAUGGGUUUGGACCAACUUCGAACCGUCGUCAGGAUGGCCGCCCGUAGUAUCCUUCUUCACUGGUCUCACUACUCAUGCAUACAUGUUUGGAGGGCUCGACUCUGCUCUCCAUCUUGCAGAAGAGACGCUAGAUGCUUCCAGGACGGUACCAAAGGCGCUUAUGUCUACGAUUGGAAUUGGCUUCUUCUCUGGCUUUGUCUUUUCUGUGGCAAUGACGUAUUGCAUCCCCAGCUUGGAUAUUUUUGCCAAUGAUCCAGUACCGAUAUAUAAACUAUGGCGCAUAGCUAGCAAAUCCGACACCGCUGCUACAGUCUUUCUAGUUACUGGCAUCGUCAUCUUCACGUUCAUCCUCAUCGCCACCCAGCAAACAACCUCUCGCCUUAUCUGGGCUCUGGCCCGUGACCGCGGACUUGUCUUUUCCUCACAGUUUGCCAAGUUGUCUCCCAAGUUUGGCGAUAUCCCCGUGGCCGCCCUUAUUCUCGAUGCAGGACUGAUAUUCGUGUGUGGGUGCAUAAGCCUGGGCUCCACGGCGGCGUUUAAUGCUCUUGUUGGGGUGUUUUCAUUGAUGCAGAUGAUCUCGUUUGCGCUUCCAGCGGCGCUGCUGAUAUAUCGCCGGAGAAGUGAAAAGGUUCUUCCUCGCAAGAGAGCAUUUAGAGUGCCUGAGAUACUGGGUUGGGCUUGCAACAUUGGGACAGUUAUUGCGGCAGUGAUCGAAACUGUUUUCUUCACGUUUCCAAGCGUCUUGCCGGUUACUGGUAGCAAUAUGAAUUACGCCGUGGUAGUUCUGGCAGUGAUUGUAAUUGUCAUGGUUGUGAACUGGAUUGUUUUUGCGAAGAAGCAUUAUCAAGGUCCCAGAAUAGGAGUCGUCUUGUAA